UGGUAUAUUUCAUAGUUUGUAAACACAGAGAUAUUCAAGAGAAACAAAACAGCUUACUGGUAUCACAGGGGUUUGAAACUUGGAGUGGAGCUGAGAAAAAUAUAUGCAAUUAAUGAUAGGUAAACCAAAACCAGUUCCAGGAAAAUCAAAACUAGUUAUGCAAAUAGACUGAAGUUCAGAAAUUUCUUCAAUCAAGAAAUAGGAAGAGUUCAUUAAUGUUAAUGUUUUUCAUAAAAUUUCAAAAUAAAAUUCUUUACUUCAGAAAAAUAAUAGUAUCUCAAUAUUUGAAGCAUUAUUUUUUUACUUUCAGAGUAGCAUUUUAAUUGAAACAUAUUCUAUGCUCUAAAAAUAAGAUACAUGUUUUAAUAUGGCAUGUUUUCAUGAAUUAAAUAUUUUGCUCCAUUGACCUAGAAAAGACUGGACACUCACACUCCCUUUCAAGUCCAAUGACAAAGAUCAGCUUUUCCAAGUGCAAGUUUAGAACACGUAAAUUAAGUUCUUGUGCUGAUCUGUGGGUUGUAGGAGCCUUUCUGUUUCCAUGUAUAGUAAAGGAACCCAGAUAAAGGAACUUCCCCACAGCCCUCUCCUGUGAACACCAACCCAAAUGUGAAAUUACCAAAAGAUGAGCCUACUACACAAACAAGAAUCCCAUGUUAAGCAGUUGUACACUACCAUUUCAUGUAGAUCCAUCUCAGCUAAGUUUCUGACAGGAAUGUACAUAGCUGAGAAUAAAAACAAGGUACAAGGACUGAGAGACCUCUUACAAGAAGCAGUCCUGAGAAUACCAUCUCUGUGCUAUCAUCCUCUCUCACCUCCUCCUUUAUUUUCAUACUAGACUGUGCAUGAUACACAACAGUCUGCUACAUUGCUUCUAUAUUCUUCCUGGAUCAGGAAACUUGUUAAGGUGGUUUAGGAAUCAAGAUUAUUAACGAAACUGUAUCUAUCAAUUGUAUCACCAAGCAUACCAAGGUCCUCCACAGAUAUGUCUCCACCAAAUGACACCUGUUUCAGUUCACUGUCUCUGAAGCAAUGAGUAGUUUCAGGAGUCAUUCCUUGCUAAUUGCCGCCCUCUGAUGUUACUAUAUAUUACCAGCAGCAGCUCGGGAACAAUUCCUUAGCUUUCUGUCUUUCCAGUACUCUGAAAUUAGAGUAGUCUUUGUCAUCCACCCUUUCAUGCCAGAUUCAAGACUUCUGAAGGAGCAUGUUUCUGAAACCAGCCUAAUUUUUAUGAAUCCCUUUGAAAUUAUUUUUGUAUUUCAGCUAUAUUGCUUUGCAGACCAUCACCAGCCAGGCAGGGGAGGUGAUUGUUCCACUCUGCUCUGCAGUGGUGUGGCCUCGCCUCGAAUAUUGUGUGCAGUUUUGAGUGCAACAAUAGAAGAAAGACAUGAAGCUAUUAGAGGGUGUCCAAAGGAAGGCCAUGGGGAUGAAAAGCCUGGAGGGGAAGCCACAUGAGGAGUGGCUGAGGUCACUUGGUCUGUUUAGCCUGGAGGAGACUGAGGGGAGACCUCUCUGCAGUCACAACUUCCUCAUGCGGGGAAGAGGAGAGGCAGGCACUCUUCUCUGCUCUGUGGUGACAGUGACAGGACUGAGAGAAUGACCCCAAGUUAUGUCAGAGGAGGUUUGGGGUGGAUAUUAGAAAAAGGUUCUUCACCCAGAGGCUGGUUGGGCACUGGAACAGGCUUCCCAGGGCAGUAGUCACAGCACCAGCCUGGCAGAGUUCAAGAAGUGUUUGGACAGUGCUCUCAGGCACAUGGUGUGACUCUUGGGGAUGCCCUGUGCAGGGCCAGGAGCUGGACUCAACGAUCCUGAUGGAUCUCUCCUAACUCAGGAAAUUCUGUGCUUCUGUGGUAAGGCAAGACUGUAUUUCUCAAUCCGAUUUUCAUCCUCUGCAAUUCUCUGGGCAAAUCGUUAACUACUCACUCUACUCUACUACCACUCACUCUACUGAUGCUCGCUCUAGGGAUGUGAAGAUGAGCAGGGCGGGAGCGGGCAAAGAGACAGGAGAUGAAACGCAGACGCAGACAAGCACACGCCCCGUGUGCCUGUCAGCGGGCGGCGCGGGGCGGCGCGGGGCGGGGCGCCGCCAAUGUUCAGUGAGGGCGCGGGGCCGCCAUCUGUGCUGAAGGCCCGUGCCGGCCGUGCCGCCAUGUUCAGUGAGGGCGCGGGGCCGCCAUCUGUGCUGAGGGCCCGUGGCGGCCGCGCCGCCAUGUUCAGUGAGGGCGCGGGGCCGCCAUCUGUGCUGAGGGCCCGUGGCGGCCGCGCCGCCAUGUUCAGUGAGGGCGCGGGGCCGCCAUCUGUGCUGAGGGCCCGUGGCGGCCGCGCCGCCAUGUUCAGUGAGGGCGCGGGGCCGCCAUCUAUGCUGAGGGCCCGUGGCGGCCGCGCCGCCAUGUUCAGUGAGGGCGCGGCGCCGGGGCGGGACUGGCGCGGCGGGGCCGGGCGCGCUCGCGCCGCUCCCUCACGUCCGGCGGCGCGCGGCAGGCAGGGGCGGGCGCGCGCGGCGCGGCCAAUCAGCGUCGCCCACGACCCUCCCCGGAGGUGCUGGAGCCGCCGCUCGGUUGGGCCCGGCCCGGAGCCGCCACUGUCGGGACGGGGGGCGGUGACGGACGAGGAGGAGAUGGUGUCUCCCGCUGCCUCUGCCGGGCGCCUGGGCUCCGCGCUGCCCUUCCUGCUCGUGCUCCUCGACCUGCAGUACCAGGGAGCUGAAUGUGGAAUAAAUGCAGAAGUAGAAAAACAACUUGAAAUGGGGAAGAAAUUAUUGGCUGCUGGACAGCUGGCAGAUGCUUUGUCUCACUUUCAUGCGGCCAUAGAGGGAGACUCUGAGAACUACAUUGCUUAUUACAGAAGAGCCACAGUGUACUUAGCCAUGGGCAAAUCUAAAGCAGCAAUUCGCGAUUUAAGUAAAGUGGUUGAAUUAAAGCAGGACUUCACAUCAGCCAGAUUACAGAGAGGACACUUACUGCUUAAGCAAGGAAAAUUUGAUGAAGCAGAGGAUGACUUCAAAAAUGUGCUCAAAUCCAAUCCUAGCAAUAAUGAGGAAAAAGAAGCCCAGACUCAGCUGACAAAAUCUGAUGAGCUGCAGCGCCUACAUUCACAAGCAUUAUCUGCCUACCAGCAAGAGGAUUACAAAGCUGCUAUUUCUCUUCUUGAUGAAAUCUUGGCAGUUUGUGUUUGGGAUGCAGAGCUACGGGAACUUCGAGCAGAGUGUUAUAUAAAGGAAGGGGAACCAAGCAAAGCCAUUAGUGACUUGAAAGCUGCUGCCAAAUUAAAGAAUGAUAAUACUGAAGCCUUCUAUAAAAUCAGCAGAAUAUAUUAUCAGCUGGGGGACCAUGAAUUAUCUCUCAGUGAGGUACGGGAAUGUCUGAAACUGGACCAAGACCAUAAGCAAUGCUUCUCUCUCUAUAAGCAAGUAAAGAAACUCAAUAAGCAGAUUGAGUCAGCGGAGCAAUUCAUCAGAGAAGGCAGGUAUGAAGAUGCUAUCGGUAAAUAUGAAUCUGUAAUGAAAACUGAGCCAGAAGUCCCAAUUUAUUCUACUCGUGCCAAAGAAAGGAUCUGUCACUGCAUGUCAAAGAAUCAGCAGGCUACAGAAGCCAUCAAACUUUGUACAGAAGUUCUGCAGCUAGAACCAACCAAUGUGAAUGCCCUGAAAGACAGAGCAGAAGCUUAUUUGCUAGAAGACAUGUAUGAAGAAGCAAUUAAAGACUAUGAGACUGCUCAAGCCAAUAGCGAAAAUGACCAACAGAUUCGGGAAGGGCUGGAACGUGCCCAGAGAAUGCUGAAGCAAUCACAGAAGAGGGAUUAUUAUAAAAUCCUGGGAGUAAAAAGAAAUGCUCGAAAGCAAGAAAUCAUAAAAGCUUACAGAAAGCUGGCAUCCCAGUGGCAUCCUGAUAACUUCCAGAGUGAGGAAGAAAAGAAGAAAGCAGAGAAGAAAUUCAUCGAUAUCGCAGCUGCUAAAGAAGUCCUCACUGACCCAGAAAUGAGGCGGAAGUUCGAUGCAGGAGAGGACCCACUGGAUGCAGAGAGUCAGCAGGGUGGCAAUAACCCUUUCCACAGGAGCUGGAACACAUGGCAAGGAUUCAACCCCUUUGGUUCUGGAGGAGGACCAUUUACAUUCAAAUUUCACUUCAGUUAGAGCCAAGACUGUUUCUGGUGGCUGCUGCUGUUUUUUACUUAAUUCGUUGAAAAAUAAAAAGUCUCUCAGUUCAAGACCCAAAAAUCUUAAUUUCUAUAAUGUUGUCCUUAACCCAGAGUCUUACUGCACUAGAAGAAAGCUCCUUUUUUCUUUCAUUGGGUUUGGUUUUUGAUGAGCUUGACAGACUCACAAUGAUGGGGGUUGUGCUGCCUAUGUAUUUGCUGUGGAUAUGCAGGACAUGUUUAUUCCUACAGAUGGAAAAAACAGUAAGAUGCUACUUAGGACAACACAAAUUUAGAACUCAAGUAUAUGCUUAAAGAUAAAAAACACAUGUAAAUAUUUUUCUGGAUUGGGGCCUAAUAAACAUGGCAAGGGUAGUUACAGUAGUCUCUACGUUAACAAACUGUUGGUUGUGCUCAGCAGAAUGAUCCAUCUCCCAGUAUUUUUAAGAGGAAACCCAAGUGACCACCUGCUGGAUUGAUGUUGGCAGUGUCGAGGUGGGGAAGAGGCUGCGCGCUGAACCAGUCCCAACACUCGCUCUGAACAAAGUGCUUGGGAGUAACUGUAUCUGAAAUACCUGCUCACUUUGUUAUUCACUAACCUGAAAUUAAUUGGGGUGAUUUCCUUGGUGGAAUUGUCAGCAGUUAAGGUGGGGGUGGGGGAACGACUCGUUUUUCAAAAUGCUUCUUUUCUGAUUGUGAUUUUGGGUGUUUGUUUAGGUAUGAUUUUUGAGUAGGUUGCACUUUAACAAAAUAUCUGCCUGAGAUUUGAGCAGAAAAUUUGAUGUGAUGUUUCCCUGAUUCUGCAGCAAUUUGUUGGUUCUGUACAUAAAGUCAGAACUGAGAAGGUUGUGAUGUGAGUGUACUACAGGAGUAAUACAACUUAAUUCUGCUGGGUGAGGCAACAGGGAGUUAGUACUACAUGAAAUGAUAGUAAUUUCAUGUUUCAUGUAAGAGCAUCGUUACUGCAGAGACAGCUGUGUGCAAAAAAAGGGACUCACUUCCCACUAGCCAAAAGUCUGUUUUAAUUUUUUUCUACUUGCACGUACUUAAAAUGGGUUUGGUGUAGUUGGUGGAGUUGUGUGAAUGCGCUGUGUGGUGUUACCAGGGCUGCAGCUGGUAGGAGUGAGGAAUCUUCAUUCUGUAACUGCAUCUGUCAUAAUUACUGACAUAAUUACUGAGUUUCAUCAGCAGCUGUUUUCUUGUAAUGCAAGAAUUACAGUUCAUCAGUGUUCUCUUGAUUGGAUUUUAACUGGAAAAUAAUAAUCAGAUGAUAGGAAUCUUCUCUUGCUUCAACUCCUGACACUUGAAAACCUAAGCUGCCUCAGUAAAACAAAUGAAAUUAGCAAAUAAGGCCUUCAGUCUGAAAGGGGGGUGGUUUCUUACUGUAGAUGAAGUUGCUGUUUAAGCAAGCAGAACCAUUGGCUCCUGCUUCAAGUACUUCACCAACGUAAUUGUGAGGCUAUGUGGUUUUAUAAAAUGUUUUUCAACAGCAAUUUAAAGGUUAAUGUUCACAAAUUUAUUUUCAUCCUGAGGAGCUUGUGUGGUGAUUUCUAAUGGUUUAUGGUACAAAAUCAUCACAGCAGCCUGUUAAAAUCCAGUGUUGGAUGUUCACCAAGUUGAAUAAUUUUCUAGAAGUACAACUUGUGCUUGUAAUCUGUUAGAAAUGUUUUAGCUUGAAGUGUUGGAGAUGCUCAGGGCUGUUCAGAGUCCUCGAGGCUGGCAGGGCUGUCAGUGGCUGGGGCUCAGACACAGGAACUGACUGCACAGUGAGGAACUUGCUGCGCCAUGGGCUUGGCCUCUGUGCACCUGCUGCUUGCUGCUUGCCUAAAGUUGGGCAGGUAGCUGUGGGGGGUGGCUGUCUCUUGUCCUUCUGCAGCUCUUGUCAGUCCUGUGCCCUGAGGAGUGAGCUUGACCCAGCUGUGCUACCCUGGGGUUGUGCGAGCUAUUGGAACACUUUUGUAUUCCCUUGUUCACUACACCAGGGGCUGCUUUUAAAGGAGUAUUGAAUGAGCAAUGUGAGCAAUGUGCCUGAUUUUGUACAUGCAGGAGUGCUGGGCUGUGGGAAGUCACAAUAAAGACUACAGACAGCUGUGCUUGUGUGCCAGAGGACUGCUGAGAAUAAGUCCUCUUUAAAAGCUUGAGUUGAGAGAAUUGUUUAAUUUCUUUUUGUCUACAGAAGGAAUAAGAUGUUCCCUCAUGAGUAAAUUCUUCAUACAAGGCACUGAUGCUGGAGCAGUGUGGGAUUGUUUCUCAGAAGCAGCAGGACAGUGCUGCUGUAGGCUGAGAGCAUUCAGGAACAAAAAAGGACCGUGUGCAUUUUGAAAAUGAAUGAAUGGGAAUGAGAAAAUGACAUUUUAAGAACAAAAAGGCUUGAAUGUAGUCAGUAGAAGAGGGAAGAUGAUUAAUGCGUGAUUGCUGUUCAUAGAUUCCUUCUGUUGGAAAACAGGUUCUUGGAAACAAUAGCAAAAAACCCACAGUGGAGAAAAGGCUUUCCUCUAGUAUUGAGCAGCUGCUGUUUACAACAAGUGUUACCACCCCGGUGCUGUUCUGAAGGUUGAAGUAUUCUGGAAACACAGAAAGACAAAGUUGUGUUAAAAGGAAACCAUUUAUAUUGCAAGGCUCUCCAGCUCUGGCGCUGCAUUUCCUGACGUGACUCUGGAGAAUGAAGUGCUGGUACCACGCUGAGUGUUAAUGAUGCAGGCGACACACAAGGAAGCUGAAGUCGCCUUUUUAUUUAUUUGUGGGUGUCUGUAGUGCAAUAAUGUUCAGUAACUGAACAUUGAAGUAAAUGUCUUGGUAGUUUGUCAACCCUGAGAUGUGCGUGAAGCAUCGUUCCCAUUAUUGGCCUGUAUGAGAUGCAAACUUUCUCUGUGGAGUUCUUUCAGUUUUAAGAAGUUGUUUCCAACUUACUUAAAAUGCAGGUUGGGGGGAGCAUAUUUUACUUGGUAAAACACUGAUACAAUAAUCAGUAUUAAAAGAGAUUCAAAGUGAAUUACAAACUGAAGAGCUCAAACUUGUGACAUAUGCAGAAAAUGUGUUAGCUUAAACUUUUUUAAAAAACCCAAUACCUUAACGCUUGUUAUCAUUUCAGUUUUCAGACCAGUGUUUGGAACAAGAAUUAUUCUUCUGUUUAGGGCUGUGAUUUAUAGAAGCUUUGCUGGAAACUAGCCAGGAUAGCACAGCAGGUUAGUUGUAUUUAAAAGUGCCUUAUUGUAAGGUAUUGUUUGCUCUAUAAUACACACUUUUGUCCAUAAAGCCGUAACAAAAUAAAUGGGAGAAUAAUUUUUUUUUUUCCCCUCAGCAAAUCACCUACAUAGUAGUUUCAUGUUUUAAGAAGGAUAAGUAAAGCUAGCCAGAGAUUUAUCAAAUGUUUCAAAUUAUAAAAUGUCUUUAUAUGGAAUCAUAAAUCUACAAAGCAAGAACUGUUUUUUCUAGAACUGUGGGAAUUAUUUUACGGUAUUUUUCACAAUAAAGAUAUUUAUGAUGACAAGAAAGCA